GCGGACAGGUCGUUACCGCGGCCAUCUCCCGGCAAGGAAGGCACCGCUUUCCUCCGAUGACUCUCCCCGCCAGAAAGGCAAGAAAGCACGUUUUACGCGCGGCGCCCGGGCCUGGCCACUCUCCUCUCAGGCGCCUUUUGCUUCGAGCUGACCGAAAGACCGCUAUUUCGGAGCGGACCUCGACAUACGGACACGAUGUGGGGGAUCCCGCGGCCACGCUACGCCGACUGCAAUGGUUCCGAAGCCGGCGCAGAGACGGAGAUCGCCGUCAACAUCGGCGGGGUGAAACAGUCGUUGUACGGGGACGUCUUGAGUCGCUACCCGGAGACCCGGCUGGCGGAACUGCUGAAUUCCGUGUCGGAAAGUUCCGAGGACUUGCACUCGCUCUGUGACGACUACGACCCCGACACGGGAGAGUUUUAUUUCGACCGGGAUCCCGACUCCUUCAAGUGCAUCGUCGAACUCUACUACUAUGGAGAGGUUCACAUGAAGCGAGGCAUUUGUCCAAUCUGUUUCAUGAAGGAAAUGGAGUUCUGGAAGAUUGACCCGGACUUCCUCGACGCGUGCUGUCAAAGUAACCUGCGAGAGGUCGAGGACGAGCUGGCGGAGAUCGCCGAGAAAGUGAAAACUAUUCUGGUGGACCGGCAAGGGGACCCGUCAGCCAGCGGCUGGCAGCGCGUCCAGAUCUGCCUAUGGAGACUCAUGGAGAAGCCGGAGUCUUCCCUCCCGGCGCGCAUCGUCGCCAUCGCCUCGUUUUUCUUCAUCCUCGUGUCCUCCGUGGUGAUGUGUGUGGGGACCAUCCCAGACCUGCAGGUGGAGGACUCGGAAGGAAACCUCAUGGAGCACCCGACUCUGGAGGUCAUCGAGACCAUAUGCAUCGGUUGGUUCACUGUCGAAUACACCUUGCGUCUGACAUCCUCCCCGAAUAAGGUGAAAUUCGUCCUGUCCUUCAUGAACGUCGUCGACUUCAUGGCGAUCAUGCCCUUUUUCAUGGUUCUGACUCUAACGUCCCUCGGCGCGGGGAUGAUGGAGCUGGCCAACGUGCAGCAGGCGGUGCAGGCUCUGCGCAUCAUGCGCAUUGCGCGCAUUUUCAAGCUGGCCCGACACUCCUCCGGACUGCAGACUCUCACGUCCGCCCUGAAGAGCAGCUUCAAGGAGCUGGGUCUGCUGCUGAUGUACAUGGGCGUGGGGGUGUUCCUGUUCUCCGCGCUGGGCUACACCAUGGAGCAGAACCACCCGGACACCUUGUUCACCAGCAUCCCGCAGUCCUUCUGGUGGGCAGUCAUCACCAUGACCACGGUGGGCUACGGGGACAUAUACCCCAAGACCACCCUGGGCCGGUGCAACGCGGCCGUCAGCUUCCUGUGCGGCGUGAUCGCCAUCGCGCUGCCCAUCCACCCCAUCAUCAACAAUUUCGUCAUUUUCUACAACAAGCAACAGGUGCUCGAGACCGCGGCCAAACACGAGAUCGAACUCAUGGCGCUGCGCUCCGGCGACGGCGACUUGGACGUCGACGCGUGCCAGGCGUCCGAUACGUCCGCGUGGGGCAACGCGUCGUCCGCUCACGUCCGGUUACGCAAACGCUCCGGCGUCGGUGCGGGGACGUGCGCGGACGCCGGCUCGGACGGCGCAGCGGGGGGCGUCUGGACGCGUCGUCCCUCAAGCACCUCGGGACACUAAACACGUCGACACAGACGCGCCUUGACGCGUUUCGUGGCUCACCAGCGAGUUACCCCGGAGACGUUUUGGUUUUGUUAUUUUUUACUCCAGCCCACAAAAUGUAGAGUUAACGGUGAAGUGGACAUGGCUACUAACAUGGCUGUGAAUGUCCUCCUGAAGAGGAAGUGGUCUCGGAAGGGGGCCAUACAUGUUUGAGGAACUGCAGCUAUUAAAGGGACGCUCGGUAAGAAGUUGACCCCCGCUGAGUUGUGACGCGGUAUAGUUGGACCCCCCCUGGGAGGAGUCACGUGCGCACGGGAUACGGGGUGCUGAUUGAAACGAGCGCCUCGCUGCAGCCAGUGCAGAGAUCCCCCCCCCCCUUGUUGUACUCAUAUAACACCGUAUCCUGCCAAGCCCAUUCCUCCCGGCGUCCUACCUACACAUCAUGUGCCAUCACUACAAAUGACGCAAGCGAUCAAUCACACCGUCUCGUAAAUCUUACGUAUAGCAGCUCCUUGUGAGGACGUGGCACUGUGAGUUGUGUGUCUGUAAUUGAGACUGUAUUGUGGGUUAACUGA